UGCGCGGGGCGCGUCUCCUUGCGGCUGUGUGGAGGGCGAGCCUAGGCCUCAAGGAGAGGGAAGGGAAACGGAGGGGGGGGGGCCUGGGGUCGCCGCUUCUGCUGCCGCCGCCAUGUUCCUGCGCGCUGCCCUGCGGGCCGCGGCCGCACGCUCGGUAAGACAAAUCCGAUACUUACACAGAACAGCAGUGCGCAAUGCCAGUGGAGGAGCCUUAUUUGUGCACAGAGAUAGUCCUGAAAAUAAUCCAGAUACUCCGUUUGAGUUCACACCUGAAAACCAAAAGCGAAUAGAAGCAAUCAUAAACAACUACCCAGGGGGACACAAGUCUGCAGCUGUCAUGGCAGUACUAGAUUUGGCCCAAAGACAGCAUGGAUGGUUGCCCAUCUCGGCUAUGAACAAGGUUGCUGAAAUUUUAGAAAUGCCCCCCAUGAGAGUGUAUGAAGUAGCAACCUUCUACACAAUGUAUAAUCGCAAACCCGUGGGGAAAUACCACAUUCAGGUCUGCACUACCACACCUUGCAUGCUGCGAGACUCUGACAGUAUCUUAGAAGCCAUUAAGAAGAAACUGGGUAUAAAAGUUGGGGAAACAACACCUGAUAAGCUCUUCACGCUGAUAGAAGUGGAAUGUUUAGGUGCUUGUGUAAAUGCACCAAUGGUACAAAUAAAUGACAAUUACUAUGAAGAUUUGACACCUAAAGAUAUUGAAAACAUAAUUGAUGAGCUGAAGGCUGGCAAGGUUCCCAAACCUGGCCCAAGGAGUGGACGUUUUUCUUGUGAGCCAGCUGGUGGCCUUACUUCUCUGACUGAACCGCCCAAAGGACCAGGUUUUGGAGUUCGACCUGACCUCUAAGGAUUUUUGUAAUAUAAGAUGAACUGUCUGAAAAGAAUAAAGUAAUUUUAAUCUCAGUAAAAUGAUGUAUGUUCUAGUACUUCUUAAAAAAAAUGAAGAAGCAACAGCAAUUAGAAUGUCUAAUUUACCAUGGUUUUAACUACUGCAAAGCAUAAUCAUCAUUCUAGAUUAAAAGAGAAGUGGUUCUGUGACUCAGUGAAAGAGUGCACUUACGGUCACUGAGAGAUCAAAGCUGUGUUUUUUGACCUGUCACUGAAAAUUCAACUUCUAAGGUUCUUUGAAGAAGCAACAAAACUGACUAAAUUACAAGUCUAGCAAAGGUGAAAAUGAUCUUUUUUUUAUCAUGUUACAACCCCAAUCCCCUCCCCCCAAAUACCAGUAGUACUUUACUAAAAGAAGGAACAGCAACAAGAAACCACUUCCUGUACAAAUUUAUUCAGUACAACCAAGGUAUGCAGUUGGGGGAACACAGAAUAUACAAGGACAGCUUGAUACAUGACCAAGUGUAAUAUAUGAAACUAGUUAUAUGACUCACAGAUCCUUCUUUGACCUUACUGCUGUGUAUCAGUGACUUUUAAGAACUAAUCUGUGUGAAACAAGUCUCCUGAUGUGAAAAAAUGAUCAACUUUUUUCUAUAAAAUUGACUGCAUAUUGACACUUAAUACACAUGCUUGUAAAAUGUAGCAAAUACUUUAUAUAUGUACACAUAUAUACAUUUCAACAUGAGGAAAUGUGAACAUGUCACUUGAGACCAUAUUGUGUCUGCCUCUUCUAAAAUCUGCUGUGUAACCUACAUUCUUAUUACAGUUAAUGUGACAGAUGUAGCUUAACUGUAUUAUUUAUAUUUUAUUCUAUAUUAUAUUUAGUUUGUUUUGAUAUUCUGAUUAACAAUACUUCAUAAACUGUUCUGCUUCUUCAGAGUCAAAUUUUUUGUCUACAGCUUUCCCUGCAUCAUGAUUAUCUCACAUAGUCUGUUCAUGCCCCACCUUUAUUUCAGUAGGCUCUGUGACACUGUUCUUAAUGUACUACUGUUGAACAAGUAGUGUUGCUGUUGGUAGUUCUGAGAGCAAAAUGUGUAUCAUUUGUAUGAAAAACCUUGCUAUCCCUUCUACAUUAUUAAAUUUUGUAAAAUGAAA